CCUAAAAGUAAUCUCGUUACUCAUUUAUAAUCAAUCCCGUUUCUCAAGUUAAGGCUCCAGGGUUUCUGCUACUCUGUCUUCUUAUCUCCGCCACACUCCGAGAUAAAUAAUUUUUUGAGCCAAUAAAAUGGUACGGCCCUAUGCUGUAAAAGGGAAGAAGCGGAAGAAGAGAGAGGAUAAGUAUGAUAGAGAAGAAGAAGAAGAAGAAGUGGAAGAACAAGAGGCAGCAAAGGGAGCUUCUAUUGCAAAGCCAACAAAGGAAGCUGAAGGUAAAGAAGAGGAAGAAGACGAAGCUGGAACAGAUGACCUUGUGGGAAUCCCAAUUGCCCCCAGUGAUAAAAAGACCAACAAAACUGGGGUCAUUUUUGUUCUUGAGAAGGCUUCUUUGGAAGUUGCUAAAGUUGGAAAGAGUUUCCAACUCUUGAACUCGGAUGAUCAUGCCAAUUUCUUGCGGAAAAAUAACAAGAAUCCUGCUGAUUUCAGACCUGACAUAACCCAUCAGGCUCUUCUAGCAAUUUUAGAUAGCCCCGUCAAUAAGGCUGGGAGAUUGCUAGCUGUGUAUGUUAGAACCGAGAAAGGAGUACUUUUUGAAGUUAAACCUCAUGUUCGAAUUCCAAGAACGUAUAAGCGGUUCUCUGGUAUCAUGUUGCAGCUGUUACAAAAACUAAAUAUAACUGCUGUUGGUAAGCGUGAAAAACUUUUGCAAGUGAUAAAGAAUCCUAUAACCAAGUAUUUUCCUGUCAACUCUCGCAAAAUAGGCUUCUCAUAUAGCUCAGAGAAAUUGGUUAAAAUGAGUAAAUAUGUGGAUGCUGUUGGUGAUGAUGUGAACCUUGUUUUUGUGGUGGGUGCAAUGGCCCAUGGGAGAAUAGAGACAGAGUAUACAGAUGAUUUUAUAGCAAGCAGAACAUGCUCAAGGGGACGAGACCUACAUCAUUGUCUUCUAUGGCAUAUCUUCUCAUUGCUAUAGAAUGAAGAAUAUCUCAGUGUUGAGGUUCAAACAAGUUUCUGGUUAUCCGCUAAGUGCUGCUAUGUGCAUUGCAAGGAUUACUGAAGCUUUGGCAGAUAAGUGGAAUAUAUUGUAAACCCUGUAAGCGGAGUAUAUUGUAACCCUCGUAUGUCCGUCUGGGUGAUGUUUGUGACACCAAGAAAUUUUGGGGAUAGAUAACAGUGUUGAAUUAGUCAUUAUGUGGUACGAUUAUUUAUGUUUAAAAUACAGUAGCUUUUGAGGGGAUAUGCGUUUUUUUAUUCAGGUUAUAUGCUUCUAUUUAUUUCUUGAGUAACCCGUUGGUGAAGAGAAUUUGUAAGAUGCAAGUAUUAAUGAAGUUGAAGUUUAACACACUUUCAUGGAAUAAUGAUUUGUAAUGGCUUCAAAAGGGUGAAGCUGAAUCUAAAUGGCUGGAUGUUCAAGCUUGUCUUGACUAGCGUCGUAUGCUGUCCAAGUUUUCUCGUAAGCAUUUGUCGAAGCUUCUACGUGUCUGUUCAAGCUUGGAUUGACAAAAUUAAGCCUUGAACUUUGUUUGAGCACAAAAGCUGAGGUUGAAAACUUAAAUUUGAGUGCAUGCUGGAAAUCGCCUAAAACUAAGUAUGGGGACUUUCAAGUCUGAAUUCACAGAGGUUUUAUAUUCGCAACAACUAACUUCUUAAACGCAAGUUACAGUUUUGUGCCUUUUGACGUUUGGGAUUUGGGUUCGUGUCUUGUCUUAUUCAGUAGUGAACCACUGCGGUUUACUUUACCACGGCUGACGCUCCUAAAACAGUGUAGUAAAGCUGUUAAAGAAAUGCAAUCAAGUGAAGUUGAAACAACAAUUCGAAAACUUUGGUGGUAACUGUUGCAAAAUGUAAACUAAUAUUCCCUCAAUUAAAUGGCAAAGU